GGUAUAUUUUCCAUCUUGAUACCGCUGGAAACUAGCGUCAUCCAGCCUACAUAUUCCUGAUUACUAAAUAUUGAAAAAAUAAAAGACUAAAAACCGGCUGGUUUUUCACGAGCGGAGGUUAACAUACCUUACGGAAAGGAAGAUGGUGGCCAAACAGAGGAUUCGCAUGGCGAACGAGAAACACAGCAAGAACAUCACGCAGAGAGGGAACGUGGCCAAGACGCUGCGACCACAGGAAGAAAAAUAUCCAGUGGGCCCCUGGCUGCUUGCUCUCUUUGUAUUUGUUGUGUGUGGAUCAGCCAUAUUUCAGAUCAUCCAGAGUAUACGUAUGGGAAUGUGAUCGAGGAAACACCUCAACUACCUUCAUGCCCUCACUGAGCCUGCCGAGGGUACACUUCAAAAGCCCACUCACCUCCUUCAAAAGGUCCCAAAGACAGCCGACGGGCCUGUAAAUUCACCGCCGCCUCCCCUCAUACACCUUUGCAGUGUUGCAGUCUGUGGUGCUGACCGCUUUUCUAUGGACAGUCUGAAACCACGCCGGCUGUGUCUUGUUACUCAUAUACUAUAUGUGUGAACGUUUGCACAUGUAAGUGCGUUCAACUGCAAACGUGUGAGACUGUUUAUGCACGCAUACGUUCCUGCAUACUGCCAUAAAUGCCUGUUUCAGUGUUCAUUUGUCUUGUGUCAGAAGACUUUUUAUUCUAAUAAAUGUUGAUUGAGAAUCAAACAG